AUGACCUGUCCCGUGCACGAAAAUCCGAAGAUAAUGGUAUGUAUACCGUGUAAAACUGCUGUGUGUGAUGUUUGUAUAGAAACCGAUCAUAAUGGACACCAAUUCCAAACACUGAGAAGAGCGGCCGAGAAUGUUAUUGGGGAUCUAAAGAAAUCUGUUGAAAUUCAAGAUAAUAUUAAAAUUGAAAAAGAAUUCGAGCAUCUUUCAGCAAAAUGUCAAACAGAAAAGGAGCAUGCAGUCAGAACGAAACAAGAACUUCUUGACAGACGAGAUCAGAUCAAACAAGUAUUAGAUCACGUGACAGAAAAAGCUGUAAUCAAACUGGAACAACACAACAACUUUCUGUUUGAGGAAUUAGAUAAAGUGAAAAACAAUGCAGAAGAAAAGUGUAAAGCCAUUCGAGAUUUUAAAGAUGAUGUGCAAAGGCUUACUACCUCACACAUGUACCUUGAUGUUUUGGGAAAAGGAUGGAAAAUGAACCCCCCGGAAAUUUCUCCAUUGGAAUAUCCGAAUGUAUCCUCACUCAUUUUCACACCUGGUAUGCCAGUAGAUGAAACUAACAUAGAAAUGUUGUUUGGCCAGCUUGACCACCAGGAUUUGGAUUCCACGUUCCACAAUGAAGGCACAACUUCCUCCCCAGAGUUGGAACAAUGUGAUACCAAUAUGUUUUCAAUCCUUAGUAUCAGUUCCACUGAUCUGUUUGGAGAGGGACCUGAAGGAGACCCGCCAGCUUGUCAGACUGAUGAGCCCAUACAUUUUAAAUCAUCAAACAAUAGCAAAAGGCUCAAAUGUGAUGUAAAGCUAACAUAUAGGCAUUCCUUCAAACGUGAUUCUGCCGCAUUGGUGAUGAAACCAACGACAGAAGGUAAAUGUUGGGUCAAGUCUAUUAAUGAAAAACCAAUUUACCUUGUAGAUAUAACGGGUGACGUAAUUGGGGUAAUACCAGCUGACACUGCGGAAGAAUUCGAUGUUUUGUGCUUCCAUGUGGAAAACGAAAUCCUAAGGACAUGUCCUAGUAGGAAGUGUAUCAAACGUGUAAGGUUGAAAGAAAACAAAAAUAAAGGGAAAACAAGUUUCGUGACUGCUAUAUGGAUUCGUACAGAUCCUUUGAUGCCUUAUUAUUUGUGCGGGGCGCCAAAUGGUGACAUCAUUGUCACACUUACCGACAAAAUGUCCUGGUCAAUAGAACCCGCCUCUACGACAGUACUGGUCAGGUACAACAGAAAUGGGAAGGAACUAGCUAGAGUUGAAAAGGAUGGACAUGGUCAAGACUUGUUCGUUAUUCCUUUCAAGAUUAGCACAAACACUACAGGUUCAGUAGCUGUUGUUACUUAUACUAAACUAGGGGCUAGUCAUUUGGUGCUGUUAGAUAACAAUCUCAAUCUGACACACCGAUACAUCGCCAACGGAGUCACUCUUCCUGCUGAAGAUCCACUACCUGAACUAACUGAAAACUUUGCGAUUACUGACGUGUUGUUCAAUCACCAGAAUCUCAUACUUAUCAGUGAGGGAUACUCAAGAACAGUGCAGCUGUUAGAUCCUAUGUGUAACCUACUGAAGGUUUUGGUUACAGACCUCCAAACGUCUCCCUUUUCUCUGGCUCUACAUGUUAAUGGGGAUCUCUGGGUGGGAUUAUCUGGAGGAGAAAUACAAGUAUUCAAACACACCAUUGAUUUCCUGCCUGAGGAAAAUUAA